AGCAAAUUCGAUUAAAGAAUAUAAGAAAUGUAUAUGGAAGGUGCUUGUGGUAUCGUUUGCGACUGUUAAAACCACAACAAAACGUAAUUCCUACAGUAAAGAAAAUAGUCCUCCUUGCUGGCUGGGCAUUAUUUUUGUUUCUUGCAUACAAAGUUUCCAAAACAGAUCGAGAGUAUCAAGAAUACAACCCUUAUGAAGUUUUACAUUUGGAUCCUGGAGCAAGUAUAUCAGAAAUUAAGAAACAGUACCGUGCACUAUCGCUAAAAUACCAUCCAGAUAAAGGAGGAGAUGAAGUCAUGUUCAUGAGGAUUGCUAAGGCCUAUGCAGCUUUAACUGACGAAGAAUCGCGAAAAAAUUGGGAAGAAUUUGGUAAUCCAGAUGGACCACAAGCUACAAGCUUUGGUAUAGCUUUGCCAGCUUGGAUUGUGGAUCAGAAAAAUUCAAUUUUGGUUUUGCUUGUAUAUGGAUUAGCAUUUAUGGUUAUUCUUCCGGUUGUUGUGGGUUCCUGGUGGUACCGAUCAAUACGAUAUAGUGGAGAUCAGAUUCUCAUACGGACAACUCAAAUAUAUACGUAUUUUGUCUAUAAAACACGGAACAUGGACAUGAAACGGCUUAUCAUGGUUCUAGCAGGGGCAUCUGAAUUCGAUCCUCAGUACAAUAAAGAUGCUACAAGUAGACCAGCAGACAACAUUCAGAUACCACAGCUAAUCAGAGAAAUUGGUGGCAUAAACUUAAAGAAGAAUGAGCCUCCACUCACCUGCCCUUACAGCCUGAAAGCUAGAGUUCUGCUUUUGACUCAUCUUGCCAGGAUGAAAGUUCCUGAGGUCCUUGAAGAAGAUCAGCAGUUUAUCCUGAAAAAGAGCCCUGCACUACUUCAAGAAAUGAUUAAUGUGAUCUGCCAACUAAUAAUAAUGGCUCGAAGCCGUGAAGAAAGGGAGUUCCGUGCUCCAUCUUUGGGAUCUUUGGAAAAUUGCAUGAAGCUUUCUCAAAUGACUGUCCAGGGACUUCAGCAGUUCAAGUCUCCCCUUUUGCAGCUGCCUCACAUCGAAGAGGACAAUCUCAGGCGAGUCUCCAAUCAUAAAAAGUAUAAAAUCAAAAGUAUUCAGGAUUUGGUGAGUUUGAAAGGUUCUGAUCGUCGCAAUUUACUGCACUUCCUAGAAGAUAAGAAAUAUGAAGAAGUUAUGGCUGUCCUUGGCAGCUUUCCAUAUGUCACUAUGGAUAUAAAACCACAGGUUUUGGAUGAUGAAGACAGCAACAAUAUUACAGUAGGUUCUCUUGUCACUGUUCUGGUCACACUAACAAGACAGACCAUGGCAGAAGUGUUUGAAAAGGAACAGUCUAUAUGUGCAGCGGAGGAGCAACCAACAGAAGAUGGGCAAGGAGAUGUCAACAAAGUUAAGAGCAAAGGAUGGCAGCAAAAGAAUAAAGGAACCAAGAAAGCUUCAAAAUCAAAGAAAAAGAAGCCAUUGAAAAAGAAGCCUGUGCCACCUUCAUUGCAGCCACCAAAACAGCAGAAGCAAAAACAAGCUAAUGGGGAAGUAGUUGCAAAGGAAGAAGAGGAGGAGAUCUCCGAUAAAGGAAGUGAAUCUGAAGAAGAAGAAACAAACAGAGACUCUCAAAGUGAAAAAGAUGAUGGAAGUGACAGAGACUCUGACAGAGAACAAGAUGAGAAGCAAAACAAAGAUGAUGAAGCUGAAUGGCAAGAAUUACAGCAAAGUAUACAGAGAAAGGAACGAGCCCUUCUUGAAACGAAGUCAAAGAUAACACAUCCCGUUUACAGUCUUUUUUUUCCUGAG